ACUUCAGUUCGUGUCACCCCGUUCUCCGCGUUCCCUCGUCACUGAGGGCGAUUGGCGUCUCAAAUACGAGGUGACCCAACCCCGAGGGUAAGCCGUGACCUCACAGUCCUAUCCCAGCGACCGAGGAGUGCGCAUGAUGAAACUGUAGCUGAAAGAUACUAGAAAUACUAAGAGUUAUAUUUUACGUGUUUACAUCGCAUGCGAACGCCUCACAGACACCAGUGAUUUUGGUUAGAGUGAUAUUUUUAAUUUCUAUUCAUGUAAAUAUACGUAUUGAAUGUACUUAAAGGUGUUGUUUAAGACUUUAUCGAAAAUAUAACUGUGCUCAAAGGAACAACAGGCUGCCCUGAGGACAUUUCCCUUGGAUUCUGUAAAUAUACGAAUAUAGGCCUACAAGACGUCGAGAAAAGUGCAACGAAAUAAGAUUCUUCUAUACGCCAUAUCUUCAUCAGUGCCGACGCGAAACAAACACAAACCGAAAACUAUAAUCACACGGGAAUAAUCAAAUAUAAAUAAAGAGUAAUAAAACCUCGAAAUCUGGAAAUCAGAAAAAAAACAACUCAGUGAAAUACACAAGAACGAGCCUUUGGGAUUCGCUUCGCUGUCUCGCGAGGUUUCGACACAGCUCUCGGAUAUUUCCUUCUCCUUCUGAACCAAACAAGAGCAAACUGGAGGCCUUGCAAGCAGAUCCCGUUUCCUUCGGCGUUGACAGGAUGAUCGUGAUAUCUACGCAGUCACAGGCUGUUAAGAACCCGAGGCGAGUCCCCUCCAGCAGGAACCUUCAGACGUCGCAGCAGGUGACCAAUUUUGCGAUGACGCUUCUCAUGGGCCUCAUACUAGUGGUGGCUGUGUACUUCGCCGUCGCCAAGUUCCAGACUCAUAUACCGGAGUAUGAGGCGACGCUCAAAGAGGUUUGUCGAACGUCUUCUUUGCCUCGUCUGCAGUAUAAGGGAGUCGAGAGCUUCUUCGAGUAUUUGCUAAAUCCAGAUAAAAGCUUUUGUACCUCCUGGGUGGAUUUCAGCAAAGAGGGCGAGACAGAGAGUCGGGUUCGACGCGACAGCCACUACGGUCGGUAUGUGUGUGCCAAUGCCAGUGAUGACGGCGUGGGCGAGUCCUGUCUCGUCUACUACUUCACUGUGGUCGAUGAUGAACAGUUCAAGAAGGACAUGGACAAGCUCACGUGCCACGUUCACGAAAUAGUUGACAAGCUGAAGAAAGAAGUGGAGGAAUCUGAGAAAUCGCCCAGGAGACACCCGUGGCAGAUUUCGGAGAUUUCCUACGACCGAGUCCUUCCCGGGGGGUCGGUCAAGCGCCGUCGGUCUCUGAAGGACAUCGUGACCUCCCUCGGGCACGUCGGGCGCAAGGUCAGGUUCCUCAGAGCUGACCUCCACGGGCAGGAGUGGACGCUGCUCCGACAGGUGGUGAUGAAUCAUGAUAUCAUUAAUGUUCACCAGAUCAGCAUAGGCCUACACAUACCUUUGAGUGUGAAUCGGCUGACGAUGGAGGAAAGGAGACGAUAUUUUGAAGACUUGUAUCAGGUAUUCAAAGGCCUGGCGUGUCUCGGCUACAAGCACGUGCGAGUCGAAGCGAUCGAGACGGACAGUAGCCGCUUGGUCGUCCCGGAGAUGGGAGGUGCGACGCUCCCUUCCUUCUACGAGGUGCACUGGGUCAAGACGGCUCCUCAGGCGUCAGGAAGUAACGAUCAUUAUGUUUAUUAUUAAAUGGUGUCGAGUCGAUGUAAUUAUGUGUGUGUGUGCUGUGUCUGGAGUUGCGAUUGAUAUCGGUUGUUAAUUUAAGUACGUAUUAAAGAUAUAAUAUUC